AGGCAGCAGGCACAAAUCAGAGGGCGUGCCUUGGCUGCCUAGCGCGUCCGCCAAAGCCUAAAACUUGGGCGGGGAGCAAGCCUUUUCCUCCCGCACGCUGGCCUGGCUGGACGAUGCGCGUUCAAACUGAAACCCGACUGGACCUGACGUCGCCCUCAGGGUCACUCGUCGCGUAAUCCCGUGGGCAGUCUUGCAGAGACAUCGACGCACCUGAGCACGGCGCUUGCCUUUUUGCUCCCCCCUUCCUGCUCCUUCGCUCACCCCUCGCCAUGGUCUCCUUUUCUUGCGAGGCGUGUGGCGAUGUGAUUACCAAAAAGGGCCUGGACAAGCAUCGCAACCACUGUCGAUGGGCCGCUUUUACCUGCCUGGAUUGCAUGGUCCACUUUGAAGGCACCAGCUACCGUUCACACACCAGUUGCAUCAGCGAGGCCGAAAAGUACCAGGGGCAUAUGUACCAGGACAAAAAGAGCAAGGCAGACAAACGCAAGUCGUUGACGGAAAAAGAUACCUCGGGGGCUAUGGCAGUCGUCCCCAAACGCGCCUACGUGGAAGAUGCCCCGGAGGGUGAUGACUCCCAGGCCAUGAUGGUCAUUGACGUUCCCCCCAGAGCCCCCACGCCCCCGCCUGCCCCAGACAAUACUGCAGAAAUGGCGGACAAUGUCAAUGUCUUCGACUUUCUCGUGUCCGAUGCCUCCCCAAGCGCCUCCAAGAGGAGGGAGGAGCGCUCCCACGAACAGCGCAUGGUCGAACACCCUGUCCAUUACGGCAAUGGAGACUACUCCCGUCUCUCGCACCAUUCGCAUCCCAACGGCUCGCAGUACAUGGACCAUGGCUUCUCCUACGGCAACACCCCCGUCGCCUCCUCCUUCUCCCGCUACGACUCCUGGCAUGAUCUCGCAGACUCCAAGCAUGCCCAUGAUCUCCCCGCCAAUGCCUACGUCACCCCUGCGCCAAAGGAACAUCGCAAGGACGGGAAGGAGAGGAGGAAGCGUGUGUCAAUCGUGGAGAGCUCGGAGAAGAAGCGCAAGAGGCUGGAGGUGGAAGACCUGGAUCUCUCCUCCACCAAGCGCCCCUCUCCCCACGACCUGACCAUGACCGAUGCUCCCAGCGACCCCGUCAUUUUGCAUUCCGGCCUCACCGGCGGUCUGAAUAAGCUCGUCACCGACACCGACUUCUUCGAGGACCGUAUCGACGCCGGCCCCACCCCCGUGCUCAGUCCCGCCAAGCGCACCAGACGAUCUUCUGAUGGUGGCAAAGCAGAACAUCGCAAAUCCACCUCCGCGCCAUACAACACCAUCACUGUCAAACCCUCUGACGUAACCACCUCGUCUCACCACCGCCACGACCGCAAGAAACACCACGACGACAACCGCGCCUCCACCACAGCCGACACUCACAUCCGACCCCGGCAUCCACGGAGUCCAGAGCGCAGCGACAGCUACGAAAGCCACAGACAUCGUCGCACUGCGACACGAAGUCCCGAGCGCAGCAAACACUACGACAGCCGCUCCGACCGCCAACGUGCCGACCAUCAUCGCGCGCACCACCGCAACUCCGUCUCCUCCGACGACCAACCCCGCCGCAAAUCUCAGCGCGUGCUGGAGUAUGCCCCCGACCGUCGCUCCGAACGGCCUGCGUCCGUCCAGCCUCAUGCGACAAAUCAAAUUGUCAGCUACAAAAGCCGCGCCGAGGUGUUCCUGUCCUUUAUCGAGAAGGGUCCGGAGAGCGAGCGCGGCGACUCGCUGAAUAAGGUGCUCAAGCGUUACCAUCGCGAGCGCCAUGUGCGCGGCGAUGAGAAGGAAGAAGACAACAAGGAACUGUGGAAGAUCUUGCGUCUGAGGAGGAACGAGCGGGGCGAGAUUGUCCUGUUCAUGUAAUCACCCUCUUGCCACCUAGCUCAUUCGCCUUGUGGCUGCGCGAUGGUUCAGGGGGAUGUUCGUCCUCCUUUUGCUUUGGAUUCAGUGGUUUGGACCAAGCUUUUCACGGCGAAAUGAGACACGC